AUGGGACGGCCGUCCCUCCCGCUGCGGCUGCUGCUGGCGCUGCUGCUGCCGCCGCCAGCGCCGUUGCUCUGGGCGCUGCGCCCGGCGCCCUGCCCGGAGCCCUGCAGCUGCCCGCCCGACGGCGCCCUGCGCUGCCCCGGCCCGCGGGCCGGCCUCAGCCGACUAUCACUCACCUAUCUCCCUAUCAAAGUAAUCCCAUCUCAAGCUUUCAGAGGACUUAAUGAGGUCAUAAAAAUUGAAAUCUCUCAGAGUGAUUCCCUGGAAAAGAUAGAAGCUAAUGCCUUUGACAACCUCCUCAAUUUGUCUGAAAUACUGAUCCAGAACACUAAAAACCUGGUGUACAUUGAGGCCGGAGCAUUUACAAAUCUCCCUCAGUUAAAAUACCUAAGCAUCUGUAACACAGGCAUCCGCAAGCUUCCAGAUGUUACGAAGAUCUUCUCCUCUGAAUUUAAUUUCAUUCUGGAAAUUUGUGAUAACUUACACAUAACCACUGUACCAGGAAAUGCUUUUCAAGGGAUGAAUAACGAAUCCAUAACGCUAAAACUAUAUGGAAAUGGAUUUGAAGAAAUACAAAGUCAUGCAUUCAAUGGGACAACACUGAUUUCCCUGGAGCUAAAGGAAAACGCACACCUGGAGAAGAUGCACAACGACGCCUUCCGGGGGGCCACGGGGCCUAGCAUCUUGGAUAUUUCUUCCACUAAACUGCAGGCCCUGCCUAGCUAUGGGCUAGAGUCCAUUCAGACGCUAAUUGCCACAUCAUCCUAUUCUCUGAAAAAACUGCCAUCAAGAGAAAAAUUUACCAACCUCCUGGAUGCCACAUUGACUUACCCCAGCCACUGCUGUGCUUUUAGGAACUUGCCAACAAAAGAGCAGAAUUUUUCAUUUUCCAUUUUUAAAAACUUUUCCAAACAAUGUGAAAGCACAGCAAGGAGACCAAAUAAUGAAACACUUUAUUCCGCCGUCUUUGCCGAGAUUGAACUGAGUGGCUGGGAUUACGACUAUGGUUUCUGCUUACCCAAGACACUCCAGUGUGCUCCUGAACCAGAUGCUUUCAAUCCCUGUGAAGACAUUAUGGGCUAUGACUUCCUUAGAGUCCUGAUUUGGCUGAUUAAUAUCCUGGCCAUCGUGGGGAAUGUGACUGUCCUCUUUGUCCUCCUGACUAGUCGCUAUAAACUCACAGUGCCCCGCUUUCUCAUGUGCAACCUCUCCUUUGCAGACUUGUGCAUGGGGCUCUACCUGCUCCUCAUUGCCUCAGUCGAUGCCCAAACCAAAGGCCAGUACCAUAACCACGCCAUAGACUGGCAGACAGGGAGUGGGUGCAGCGCGGCUGGCUUUUUCACCGUUUUUGCAAGUGAACUCUCUGUCUACACCCUCACAGUCAUCACGCUAGAAAGAUGGCACACCAUCACCUAUGCUAUUCAACUGGACCAAAAGCUGCGACUGAAACAUGCCAUCCCAGUCAUGCUCGGAGGAUGGCUCUUUUCUUCUCUCAUUGCCAUGCUGCCUCUUGUGGGUGUCAGCAAUUACAUGAAGGUCAGCAUUUGCCUCCCCAUGGAUGUGGAAACCACCCUCUCACAGGUCUACAUCUUAACCAUCCUGAUUCUCAAUGUGCUGGCCUUCAUCAUCAUUUGUGCCUGCUACAUUAAAAUUUAUUUCGCAGUCCAAAAUCCAGAGCUGAUGGCUACCAACAGAGAUACAAAGAUUGCUAAGAAAAUGGCGGUCCUCAUCUUCACCGAUUUCACCUGCAUGGCACCAAUCUCUUUCUUUGCCAUCUCAGCUGCCUUCAAAGUGCCCCUCAUUACAGUAACCAACUCAAAGGUUCUGCUGGUUCUCUUUUAUCCUGUCAAUUCAUGCGCCAAUCCGUUUCUGUAUGCAAUUUUCACGAAGGCAUUCCGAAGGGAUUUCUUUCUGUUGCUGAGCAAAUUUGGCUGCUGUAAAUAUCGAGCUGAACUUUAUAGGAGGAAGGAUUUUUCAGCUUAUAUCUCCAACUGCAAAAAUGGCUUCACUGGAUCAAAUAAGCCCUCCCGGUCUACCUUGAAGUUGACCACAUUACAAUGUCAAUAUUCUGCUGUCCUGGACAAGACUUGCUGUAAGGAGUGUUAA